UUUUCUGAUAUCAGUUUUAAUAUUAUCCUCCUGUCAACCCCUAGGUUUUCCAUCCGAUCUCCCCAAAAUUGUGUAUGCAUUUCUUGUUUUCCUCGCCCAUUUCAUCCGCCUUUGAUUUGAGCGUCCCUAGUAUUUAGCGAAGAGUACAGAUUACGCUCCUCACUGCCCUGUUUUCUCCAGCCUCGUCCAUAUAUUCUCCUAAGCACGCUGUUCUCGUAUACCCUCCCCAGUCUGUGUCUUCCCCUCAGUGUGAGAGAUCAAGUUUCACACCCACACAAAACAGCAAUAACAUUUGCACACACAUCUAUAUAAGAAUAUUAACUACAUAAUUUUUCAGAGUAGCUUAAUAUCUGGAUCUUGUUUUUUUCUGUUUCACAGGAACUGAACAUAAUUUUCAAAAAUUUGGUUGGCACAUGAUGCAGAGUCUUGGAGUCUCGUAUGACACAGGAUCUCUGAUGCACUAUGGCAGAUACGCGUUCUCCAAAGAUUAUCGAUCUCCUACGAUUGUACCUAGAAAUCCCGAUGCCAAUAUCGGUCAAAGAAGAGGAUUUAGUCAGAUUGAUCUGUUGAAACUAAACAGACUCUACGAGUGUCAGAAAGGAAUUCUGGUACCUACGGGUCCUGUGACGUCUAAACCUUAUGAAUGUUCUAAUAACAAUAGGCUCUGUCAACACUGGGCCAACAAUGGUGAAUGUACGAAGAACCCAGCAUGGAUGAACGUGAACUGUGCAAAGUCUUGCAGGCUGUGUGCAGAUUCAAAAUGCGGUAAUUAUAACAGGAACUGCGAGGAAUGGGCACGACUCAGAGAAUGUACGAAGAACCCCGACUAUAUGACAAUUUACUGUCCCAAGGCCUGUCACUCGUGUCAUGGAGGGACCGGCGCAGAUGUUGGCUGUAAAGACUGGAAUGAAUACUGUGCGGCGUGGGCAAGAAAUGGCCAGUGCAGAGUAAACCCAGAUUACAUGCUUGUCUACUGCAGAAAAUCUUGCAGUCAGUGCUGACAUUGUCGUGUGAAUUGUUUGCCGAUGCACUGUGACAUCUAAAUGUAGGUUAGAAGAAAAUGAAUUAUUUGUAAUGUCACAAAUUAUAUAUUUAAUUUUUUUGA